CCUCUUUGCAAUUACAGGUACACAGGAAAAGAAGAUACUGGAAUGGUAUUAGUUUCAAUAAACACUCUGUCUGGAUUUACUGCAAAUUCAGUGGAUCAAUCAAGCAACUCCUUAAUAAAGAGGUCAGAAGUGGAAAACGACAAAGUUGUUGUCUAUUUGGACUCUUUGCACAGCGACAGAGAAACUUGCUUCACUGUGGAAAUGGAACUUGAAACUAAGGUGGAGAAAAUGAAGUCCCAAGCUGCUGAAGUAGUCCUGUAUUAUCAACCAGACCAAAGAGCAGACACAACUUAUUCAAUAACAGAUGAAAUUACUGCAGGUGGUAACAUGCUGCAGUCUGUAUGCCUGGUGGUCAUGCUUCUUUCGACAGCCCUCUUUAAACUACUGAUCUAAGAUGAGAGAAAAAGGGUUGCAGCAG